AUGUUGGCGAAGAGUACCCUUCUGCCAUUGCUAGCACCGCUCGCUGCGGCACAGCACGACUGGUCUCAAUAUGUCAACCCAUUCAUUGGAGGCGAGGGACCCAUUCCAGGCCAGGCAUUUGGAGGCGGUGAUAUCUUCGUUGGAGGUGCUCGUCCAUUUGGAGUGGCCAAAGUCGGCAUCGACACCUACGAGACCAAUGUCUCAAUCUCCACCAUCAACGGAGGCUGGACACCACGAGGACUUGUCACAGGUGUUAGCAUGAUGCAUGAAUCUGGAACUGGAGGUCCAGCGAAAUAUGGCAUUAUCUCUCAGAUGCCUCUUACUACCAUCGACGCUCCAGUCAACCUCUUGGACAACAGGACAUACUGGCAAGAACGAGUAGGCAACGACAGUGCGACUGUCGGUUACUACGGCGCAAAGCUCGAGAACGGUGUCUCUCUACAAGUUGGUGGAGCUCGUCAUAGUGGUAUCCUACAAUACGACUUCCCUGCUGGAGACAAGUACAUCUUGGUGGAUGUUUCUCAUUUUCUGCCAAACGAAGGAGGCUCCAACGAGGACCAAUACUACGCUGGCGGAGCGAUCGAAAUCGAACCGAGAGGCAAGCAGUACACUGGAUGGGGAGCCUAUGGCGGUGGCUUCAGUGAUAGCGCACCAGCAACAACCUACUUCUGCGGUGAAUUCGAACAAGCGCCGGCAGAGGCCCAUACGUUCCGUGGACGAAACACAGCUCCAGUUCAGAGGCAGCAUAACCUCGCAAGCGAUACGAUUUCUCACCCAACCUUCCGCAUCCGCAGCCGUGAAGAUUCAGGUCCUCUUACUGAUCGUGUGGGAGCCGUCUUUGUCUUCUCGAACUCGACCGCAAGGACGGUGAAGUCUCGUGUCGGUAUCUCAUUCAUCUCCGUGGAGAAGGCCUGCGCCUACAAGAACCAAGAGAUCAGAUCGUGGAAUCUCAAUGAUACAGUUUCUGCCGCGGUCAAGGAAUGGAACCAGGACGUCUUUAGCAAGAUUCAAGUGGCCACUGACUCGACUCAAAACCGCACCAACCUGGUGCUGCUGUACUCGUCUCUAUACUUCAUGCACCUUAUGCCAUCUGAUCGCACUGGCGAGAACCCACUCUGGGACUCCAAGGACUCAUGGGACGACUUCUACACCAUGUGGGACAUCUUCCGAUGCACGGUGUCUUUUUACCAUCUUUUCCAGCCAACGUACUACCAAAGCAUGAUCCGGGCGCUGAUCGAGAUUUGGAAGUACGAAGGCUACAUGCCGGAUGGUCGAAGUGGGAACUUCAACGGGAUUGUACAGGGCGGCAGUAAUGCUGACAAUGUUCUGGCUGAUGCGUACGUCAAAGGCCUAACUGGUAUCAAUUGGACAGAAGGCUACCAGGCGAUGGUGAAGGAUGCUGAAGUCACACCAUUCAACACUUUCAAUCUGGUAGACCCAAGCAACGGCAUCCAGCAAGGACGCGGAGCUCUCUACGACUGGAUUCCACUAGGCUAUGUCUCUGCCGACAAGAGCACCCGAGCUAUCUCACGCACGAUUGAGUACUCUGCCAACGACUUCUCCCUCGUCCAAGUUGCCAAGGGAGAGGCACCACAAGAUGUCCAGAAGUACCUGAACCGCUCCGCCAACUGGCAAAACAUCUGGGCUCACAAUUUCACACACAAGGGCUUCACUGGCUUCCCGGUUCCUAGACUCUCGACGGGAGAGCUCAACGUCACUGACUACAACCCUGCUCUUUGUGGCGGCUGCGAGUGGCAGGACAUCUCGUAUGAAGCAACGCCUUUCGAGUAUUCGUUUACCAUACCGCAUGACAUGCAGACCUUGAUUGAGUUCAUGGGCGGCAAUGCCGAAUUUGAGCGGAGACUGGACUACAUCUUCCAGCCCAACACUUCGGAGCAGAGCCUGGGAGCCAAUGGCGCUGGAAUCAACACGAUCAUGAACAUUGGAAACGAGCCAGACUUCGCAACCCCCUACGAAUACCACUACCUCAACAAACAAGCCAAAUCCGUCAACGCCUCCCGCUCCCUCGGCAACGCCUACUUCCACGAUGCCACCUACGGCGUGCCAGGAAACUCCGACGCAGGCGCCCUAAACUCCUGGAUGCUCUGGCAAAUGCUCGGAAUCUACCCUGUAGUCACCCAACCCGUCUACCUACUCAACUCACCCUGGUUCAGCGACAUCAACAUGACGAUCAACGGCAACAACACCCUCCGUGUCACCGCGACGAAUCUCGACAACGCGAAUAGCUAUUUUGUGCAGAGUGUGAGGAUUAACGGCCAGGCGUGGAAUAAGAACUGGUUCGAGCAUAACGAUGUUAUGAAGAACGGGGGCACGAUUGAGUUCGAACUGGGCAGUGAGCCCACGUCCUGGGAGACGGGUGAUGUCCCACCUAGUCCAGGGCAUUUCGAGAAGCCUAGACCCUAG